AUGGUGUUCCUCGCAGGGCCGUGCUCACGUGUGUAUUGGGACGUGGUGGAUUUCCCGUUCCCUAAUGGUGUUGUUCCUGAUUUGAUUUAUCAGAACAUGAAAAAAAUUCUCGAGAGUAAGGGUUUUUUUGGUGAAUUGUCAAUCAUNGCNUAUGUUNANNAGGAAANCUUCGCNGANGAAUUGNUCGAUGNUUAUGANAANGCCGGAAUCACCAUCAUUCACCAUCCCCAUCNAGGGGAAUAUGAUAGAUGUCGUGUUAUGUUUCUGGACAUUGCUUGGUGGGCAUACGGAAAUUUUGAGUACCCUUUUAAACGGAUAAAUUUGAUGUUAAUCUCAAAGCUAAACAGCGANCAAUCGUGUUUNCUCNANUUUCUUGAAGNUUGGGCANAUUCAUNUUUNNAUGUUCUCCUAGCAAUGCCUCAACUUCCUGAAGUUCUCUCAUCAAAGAUACAUACUGUUAGCUUUGACUGCCUUUCGACAGGACUUUUAGAUGGAGGAAAUCCUAUCGACCAAAGCGGAACCGUACAAGGUCAUCACUCGAAUUUACCUAUGUCUGCUUCUCCCGAGCCUCGCACAUGUGUAUUCUGGGACGUCGUGGAUUUCCCUUUCCCUAGGGGUGUUCCUCCUAGUUUGGUUCGUCGCAAGAUGGACCUAAUUCUCGAGAAGAUGGGUUUUCUUGGUCAGGUGUCAAUUAUGGCUUAUGAUCACGAAUACUUACCCCAUAGAUGGGGUAAAUUUCGCGAUGACUAUGAGAAGGCCGACUAUGAGAAGGCCGGAAUCACCAUCAUUCACAAUUGCCAACUAGAGGAUAAAUACGCAAGAGUUCAUACUAUGUUAGUGGACAUAGUUUUGUGGGCAUUGGAAAAUCCUGCCAACUAUUUUGAACCAUCAAAUUUGAUGGUAAUCUCAAGAAACAUCAAAAAGGACACAGAUUUCCUUAAUGCCCUUGAAGCUUUGGAGGAUAGGUAUUACAACGUUCUUUUAGCUGUGCCUCAAGAUCUCUCAUCAAGUGAGCUACAAACUGUUAGCUUUAAAUGGCUUUUGACAAGCCUUUUAGACGAAAGCGAAACCUUACAAGGUCUUAACCAUCAGUUGAAGCAUAAAUUGAAGGACAGAGAGGAGAAUGUUGGUUUUUCUGAUGGACUAGGUUCUCUGUAUGAUCCCCAACCAUUUGGCAGGUCUGAGAUAACCCUCUUCUUGGAUGUCCAGCAUUGCCCAACAAAUGAUGCAGAAAUCGCCGAAAGUCUUUGUCGAAAGGGUCAUAGAGAUGAAGUGUUAAUAAGGCCUUAUGCCGAUGAGUAUUACAUGGAUCUUCAGUGGAAGUGCGGAACUGAUCCUGAUUGUGAUUUCAUGUUCGUAGACCCUCUAAUCAGAGUCGUUACUGAAAGUAAUAAAUAUGCAAAAAUUACGAGGAUGUUAUUGGACCUUCUUUUCUGGGCGAUGAACNAUGANGAUANACCACAAAAUUUCAUGUUUAUCUCGAAACCCGACACCAAGUGCAACAGUGUUAUUGAAGCGUUGGAACACCGAGGUUUCAACCUUAUCCUAGGACCCUCUGAGGAGGUCUCGUUGCAGAUUUGUAAGAACCUACGAGAUGCAGAACGGCGUAUCAACCAAACCGUAAAGUUACGAGGUCGGAAGCUCAGAGAGAGUCGAAAACGUGGAUCGCCUCCGAUUGCUGUCUUCUGGCUGCUUGGGGAGGAUUGCCCAUCCAAUCCCACGUUGUUGAGGUGGAAUAUCGAAUCAACCCUUGAGAAGAAGGGUUUUGUGGGAUUUCUGACAAUCACGGUUUAUCUUGACGAGGGAAAACUUUCAAAUGAAGUGCAGCAUGCCUAUUACAACUCGGGGAUGAGUGUCCACCCCGUACCUGAAGAGUCUAUUUUGCUCGCAGAGGACUCCACGUUCUCUUCGAGCUGCCUGAUUAUAUGGUCAGUUUCGGAAGCUUCGUAUGGUCUGCUAAAAGCCUAUUAG